UCUAGAUAUACAAAAAGCUAAUAAGAAAAGAACAACAUUUCAUCAUUUUGAAUUUUAUCUCUCUAUCUCUAUCUUUCUAUCUCUCUCCAUGUUAGCUAGCCACUCUUUCUUGUUUGGUUCUCCUUCUAAUUAUUCUGAUCAAUUUUCUUCACCAGAAAAUGGUUUUAUUAUCAAAAGAAAAAGAAGACCGGCUGGUACUCCAGAUCCUGAUGCACAAGUUGUAUAUCUUACAGCUGAGAUGUUAAUGGAAUCUGAUCGUUACGUUUGUGAAAUUUGCAAUCUUAGCUUUCAAAGAGAACAAAAUCUUCAGAUGCACCGGCGCCGCCAUAAGGUUCCAUGGAAGUUGAAGAAGAAGCGUGAUCAGGAAGAAGAGAAAAAUGAGAUGGAUCAAGUGAUUAAGAAGAGAGUAUAUGUGUGUCCAGAGCCAAGUUGUGUGCACCAUGAUCCUUGCCAUGCACUAGGUGAUCUUGUGGGAAUCAAAAAACAUUUUAGAAGAAAACAUAGCAAUUACAAACAAUGGAUUUGUCAAAAAUGCAACAAAGGUUAUGCUGUUCAAUCAGAUUACAAAGCUCACAUCAAAACUUGUGGGACUAGAGGACAUUCUUGUGAUUGUGGAAGAGUUUUCUCUAGAGUUGAAACAUUUAUUGAACAUCAAGAUUCAUGCAAACCACAAAGUAGUACUACUACUACAACCACUAAAGAAUGUCAUGAUGUACAAACAACAAAUCCAAUUUUCUUGCCUACAACAACUACUACUACUCAUCAUCCACAUGACCAAUAUUCAAGAAUAUUGCCUAAUCUUGAUCUUGAACUUUUCACUUCUCCAAAUUACAACAACCAAAACACAAACUAUUAUUCUCCCUUUGAACAACAAAAUGAACAUACCCCACAAUCAAAUAUGUCAUCAUUUGUUGGUCAAAGUCAUGACAAUUACAUAGUCCAAAACAAUGAAGCCAAAAACAUCAUUGAAGAAGCAACAACACAAGUGUCAAGAUUGAAAAGUGAAGCAAAUGAAAUACUCAAAAUAGUAAUGGAAGAAAAAGCAAUGGCUGAAGAAAAAAGACAAGAAGCAAAAUGUUUGAUUGAAUUAGCCAAUCUUGAAAUGGCAAAGGCAAGAGAAAUUACACAAAGUAUUAUUGGCUCAUCAUCAUCAUCACAUGUCAUGAAGAUAAUAAAAUGUAGCUCUUGUACUAAUUUAAGUAAUUAUUUGUCAUCUUCAAUUUAUAGAAGAUGAAAAAAAAAUAGUUUUAGUAGUAGUUGAAUUAAUUAAUUACUUUUGGUUGCCAUGAUGAAAUACUAUUGAACAAUGUAAACUACUAUCUGUUGUUGUAAGACUAUAUAUAAAGUUGGUUUUAUUAUUAUUGUAGAAUUUUUUUUA